CCUCCUCCUCCUCCUCCUCCUCCUCCUCUCUUUAGACGUUUGUGACAAAAAGCCGAAACAGAGAAAAGGAGAGGAAGCCGUAGAAAGAGAAAAAUGUCGGACGAUGAUCACCAUUUCGAAUCAAAGGCCGACGCCGGAGCCUCCAAGACCUUUCCUCAGCAGGCUGGUACUAUCCGCAAGAACGGCUACAUCGUCAUCAAAGGCCGUCCCUGCAAGGUUGUUGAGGUUUCAACCUCCAAAACAGGCAAGCACGGACAUGCUAAGUGCCACUUUGUGGCAAUUGAUGUUUUCACUGCCAAGAAACUGGAAGAUAUUGUUCCAUCGUCACAUAACUGCGAUGUUCCACAUGUUAACCGUACUGAUUAUCAGCUGAUUGACAUAUCUGAAGAUGGGUUUGUGAGUCUCCUGACUGACAGUGGUAACACCAAGGAUGAUUUAAAGCUUCCCACUGAUGAAAAUUUGCUCACCCAGAUUAAAGAAGGGUUUGCUGAAGGAAAAGAUCUUGUUGUGUCAGUUAUGUCAGCAAUGGGAGAGGAACAGAUUUGUGCCCUGAAGGACAUUGGCCCUAAGAAUUGAGUUCCAUGGUUUCAAUCUUUCAUCUCUAUGAAUACUUCAAAACCUUUUAAAUGAACUUUGAGUAGUGCUGUAAGUCAUGUAGUUGCACAACUCAUAGACCUGAACCACUAUUUUCUAGGAUAAUUCCAGAUAUAUGGUGGGGGUUUUCACUGCCCGUUACGGUAUCUAUGUUGUGUUAUUUAUUUUUCAAUUUUCUUGGGAUAAUUUUUCUGUGACCUUAGAUUGUUUACUUUGAAUUGGAAUUGAAAGGUGAGGUUUUGAAUUUAA